CUCUCGAAGCCUCGCAUCCCGGGUUCCUUUUGGCCCCUUCCUCUCUCUCUCUCUCUCUCUCUCUCUCUCUCUCGCGUUUGGGACGAGGGCGCUCGGAGACGACGCAGCCGGAGGCAUAGAAGUGUAAGCUGGUCAGGAAGAUUAAAAGGUCCACAUGGCCACGGUGCUACCUGGGGAUUCCUCACAUCAUGAUAUGGACCUCGAUGACUUUGGGUCUAGGUGGUAUUUCUCUCGGAAGGAAAUUGAGGAAAAUUCUUCUUCUAGAAAAGAUGGCAUUGAUCUGAAGAAAGAGACAUAUCUCCGGAAAUCUUAUUGCACAUUUUUGCAGGACUUAGGCAUGAGAUUGAAAGUACCUCAGGUGACAAUAGCUACAGCGAUAGUAUUUUGUCAUCGUUUUUUUCUUCGGCAGUCUCAUGCCAAGAAUGAUAGAAGGACCAUUGCAACAGUGUGCAUGUUUCUUGCUGGGAAAGUUGAAGAAACUCCUCGUCCGUUAAAGGAUGUCAUUCUUGUCUCUUAUGAAAUUAUACAUAAAAAAGAUGCAUCGGCUGUCCAGAGAAUUAAGCAGAAGGAAGUAUAUGAACAACAGAAAGAGUUGAUACUACUGGGAGAAAGGGUUGUUCUCGCCACACUUGGAUUUGAUCUUAACGUGCACCACCCUUAUAAACCCCUGGUAGAGGCGAUAAAAAAAUUCAAGGUUGCGCAGAAUGCUCUUGCUCAAGUUGCAUGGAAUUUUGUGAAUGACGGGCUGCGGACAUCGCUCUGCUUGCAGUUCAAGCCCCACCACAUAGCGGCGGGUGCCAUCUUUCUUGCUGCCAAGUUUCUUAAAGUGAAGCUGCCAUCUGACGGGGAGAAGUUUUGGUGGCAAGAAUUUGAUGUCACACCACGGCAAUUGGAAGAUGUCAGCAACCAAAUGUUGGAACUGUAUGAACAAAAUCGGCCCUUGCAGUCUUCACAUGCAAAUGAAGUUGAGGGAAGCACCAGUGGUGGGGCUAAUCAUCCUGCUAUGAAUAGCUCUACCUUGAAUGAUAAUCCUGUAUCUUCAAAUGGACGUUCACAUGCUAGCGAGAUGGUUAAUGUGAAGCAAGGAACCCAAGUUCCACAAACUGGGAGGCCAGGUGUGCCUCAAGCAUCCUCUGAUCACAGGACAUUGCCUCAGAGAAGUUCACAAAAUCAAAGCAAUGAAGAUGGAAAAAUUGAUACUAAGAAUGGGGCUUGGGAUCGUACCAUCGGAAAUGAAGUGAAGGAUAGCAUGCAUGAUGAAGUGGAACCACAUUUCCGCAGCAGGGAGAACACUACAGACGCUUCAACCCGGGCAGAGAGGCAUUUUCGAGAUACUGCAACAAAUGAGGCCAGUGAAGCCCUUGAGUCAAGGGAACAGAAGGAUGAAGCUUCGGCUUCAAAAACUCAGAGCCCCCUAGAUGCUCUUUCAAAAAUCGAUAAAGAUAAGUACAAGGCUGCUCUUGAAAAAAGGAGGAAGCUCCGAAAUGAUGUUUCUGUCAAGUCUGACUUAAUGAAUGAGGAUGAUCUCAUUGAAAGAGAGAUUGAAAAUGGGAUUGAGUUGGCAGUUGAAGAUGAGAAAAAGCAGGAGAAAAGGCAAGGAUGGCCAAAGCCCCUGAAUAGCCAACAAUCUAAAAAUCAGAAUUUUGGCAUGGAGCAAGGUAGCACUAGGGACAAAAGAAACUUAUCAGAGCAGCAAUCACUGAAUGGGAAGAAUAGCUCAAAAUAUUCUGAUUCUGAAGAUAGAAGAGCCACUCCAAAUCGUUAUAUUGAACAAGAGCACCUUAAUGCAGAGGAAGGGGAGCUAUCUUCUCUUGAUGAACAUGAAUUACCUUCUUCUCUCAAGUCAUUGAAUAAUAGUGAGAGGGCUGCCAAUGCAGGAAAACCUUUUGAAGGCAAACGACCACAUGACAUGCCUCAUCAAUUGAGAGAACCAGCUGGGAGAACAUGGAUGGAAAAUACUGAUAGAGAUCAUAAAAGGUUCAGACGUGAGAGUCAUGUAUGACUGCACCUGCUGAAUUUGUUCCUUCAAAAUCUGGGGCCUGGUAUGAAGCCGCCUUUUAUGUUCUGCUUGUGUGACUUUAGAUUCAAAUGGUACAUUUCAUUAAAUAUGUUGAGGCAAAUGAGAAGCACCUCUUGACAUCUUCUACGGCCCAGUUACACCCAUAUCUGGGAUGGGCCGUGUCUUUAGAUUUUCAGGUUUACUUUACAGUAAAUUUUCUAGGGAAUGUUUUUUUUUUUUAUGCGGUCAUCAUCGUGAAAAAGCAAUCUGUUGUUGUAUUUAUGCAUGUAUAAGAUUGACCCCCAUCCCACCCCCCAAAAAAUGCCAUUUAAAUCAGCCUUGGACAUAAUGUUAGGAAUAGGCUUAAAGUACUGUGUAUUUGAGUUUAUAAGCAAUUUUAGCGAAUUUUAUAUGUGAGACUUGUCUGGCAUCCUUGUCCAAUUUUCUAGUUACUGUUUAGGUGGUCUUCUAUGUAGACACUUUGUCCAUAACUCCUGUUAAUGUUUACAAUUUUGUUGUUGAGUCA